AUGUGUGGGGAGGCGGAGGAUCCGGAUGACAACGAGAUGCAACCGGCGUGCAACCAAGAAGGCGCAGAAUUCCUCCCACGUGGGGGUAAUGGCACCGCCACCAUACAAGGGAGCGCCAAGGACCCGGAGGUGUGGUACAACAAGGUCGAGGACGGGGCGGCAUGGUUCAUGAGGAAAUGGCACAGGCAGGAGGCGGAAGCGUCCGCGAAGCGCCAGCGCGCGAGGGAAGCAGAAGCAGAGAGUACGGCCUCAGGACCGAAGAGAAAGAGAGCCGGGGAAGCGGCGGUGGGGGGGAAGAAACGGCGACCGGGCAUUGCUGUAGAAGCGAGUAGGGCGGCCGAGGCAGCACUUGUGGCGAACUAUGUACCCGGCUGAUGUUGUUGCUCCCGGUUUCCCUCCCUGCUGUAUGCUAUGCUGUAGAAGCGAGUAGGGCGGCCGAGGCAGCACUUGUGGCGAACUAUGUACCCGGCUGAUGUUGUUGCGCCCGGUUUCCCUCCCUGCUGUAUGCUAUACUCCUCUAUGUAUGUCCUUUGUAUUGCCUUCGGCCUCUGUGCUGUUUAUUUUUUUCAUGACCUCCCUGCCUACUCUGCUGUGUUGGGUACCGUGAUCUCGUUUUGCUGUUGCCUUUGUUUUUGUACGUCUGGCUGCCUGCCCAUCUGCCGCCUCUCUGUCCUGUUUGCUCCGUUACUCCCAUGCCCUGGUGCGUAGUGCCUGGUGCUGGUACGUUACCCCUUUGUUUUUUUUUUCGGGCGGGUGUGGGAAGCGUCCUCCUUUUUUUUUGUUUUUGUUUGAUUUUGAUCGGUUUCCGAGGGCUCUUUUCUCGAACGGUCGGUGCGAUACCUGUUUUUC